CGACACCAGUGCACAACUGUGUACAUCAUCUUCGCGUAAUGGCAAAUGAAUCUUUUGAAAAUGAGGGAGGUGCCGGUUCGAGAAACUCAAGAAAUGCACAUUUCACAUCAUCUGUGGAUCUCAGCACGUCCUUAGAUUCAAGUGUUCAGACUCGAAUAUUUAAAAUAAUUGUAAUCGGGGAUUCAAAUGUAGGGAAGACCUGCUUAACCUUCCGCUUCACUGGGGGAAGCUUUCCCGAGAAGACGGAGGCGACAAUCGGUGUGGAUUUCAGGGAGAAAGCAGUGGAAAUAGAGGGCGAAAAAAUAAAGGUAAUAGCCUAAUUAAGCAUCUGGUCGGGACAGGGCCGUUUUUAUUUGUUUCUAUGGGUCAAUUGACCAUUUAUGUGUUCGGCUUUAACCGUUAUAAAUCAAUGCAUGACAUGUCAAUAAACCGAGUAUAUAAUUAUUUCUCUCCAGAGUACAUACGCAAUAAAAAUGUUCAAUUUAUAUUUAGAUGGGCUGUUAGGUUGAAUGUUUCUUUUAAUGAAUAGAUCCAUCAGCAAUGUUGGCAUGGUUUUGAAGUUACGGAAUUUACCGUUUAGUUUCACAUCACCGUCAUAUCCUCAGUUCACCAACUGUUUUCUCUGCAUCUACAACUAAGGCCUACUAACUAUACUGAACAAAAAUAUAAACGCAACAUGCAACAAUUUCAGAUAUUUUACUGAGUUACAGUUCAUGAGGAAAUCAGUCAAUUGAAAUAAAUUCAUUAGCCCCUAAUCUAUGGACUUCACAUGACUGGGAACACAGAUAUCUUAAAAAAUAAAUGGGCCUCACAAUAGGCAGCAGGAUCUAUUUUGUGCAUUCCAAUUGCCAUGAUAAAAUGCUAUUGUGUUCGUUGUCUGUAGUUUAUGCCUGCCCAUACCAUAACCCCACCGCCACCAUGUUCACAACGUUGACAUCAGCAAACUGCUCGCCCACAUUGUGUGAGGCCUGUUGGACAUACUGCCAAAUUUUCUACAACUAUGUUAGAGGUGGCUUAUGGUAGAGAAAUGACAUUCAAUUCUCUGGCAACAGCUCUGGUGGACAUUCCUGCAGUCAGCAUGCCAAUUGCACACUCCCUCAAAACUUGAGACAUCUGUGGCAUUGUGUUGUGUGACAAAACGGCACAUUUUAGAGUGACCUUAUAUUGUCCCCAGCACAAGGUGCAUCUGUGUAAUGAUAAUGCUGUUUAAUUAGCUUAUUGAUAUGCCACACCUGUCAGGUGGAUGGAUUAUCUUGGCAAAGGAUAUAUGCUCACUAACAGGGAUGUAAACCAAUUUGUGCACAACAUUUGAGAGAAAUAUGCUUUUUGGUGCGUAUGGAAAAUGUCUGGGAUCUUUUAUUUCAGCUCAUGAAACAUGGGACCAACACUUUACAUGUUGUGUUUAUAUUUGUGUUCAGUGUAGUACAACCUCUGAAUGCCCCCGCCCCAAACAACCUAGUCCCAGUGUUUCUAGCAACAGACAGUGACAUAGAUAGAUAUUGUGAUGUUUUUACAAUAUUUCUCUUCAUCAUGUCUUCUCAUUGAGAUUCACCCACAAAAUAAAAACCUUUCCUCAGUAUGAAAACAUAAGCAAUAGAGCAUCUUUGUUCAAGUAUCAGUUAUUCUAUUUAUUUUAUUCAGAAAUGGAAGACAUGCACCAAUACAGUCUUCAAAACAUAGUGCCGUCCCAUGGGCCACAAACUGGUUGAAUCAGCGUUGUUUCAACGUAAUUUGUCAACAUAUUGUGACAUGGAAUCUAUGUUUAAAAUACAAUGGAUUUUCUAAAAGUCAUCAACAUGUCAUCGACGUAAACUGUUGUUUUGAAGGUGAAAUUUCAACCCCAGGAUUAUGUCAUGAUGGGAAUCAAUUUGUACCUUUGAAACAACGUCAGCUCUUCAACGUUAUAUCAACUAUGAGAAAAAAAUAUAUAGGCUGGGCAGCACCUCCUACUGGAGAAUUUAUCAAUAUCUAUCCUUUGGUCUCCCAUCCAGAGUUUUAACCAAGCCCAGCCAUGCUUAGCUUUCAUAUUCGUCACAGACUAAUACCAAUGUGCUAUCGUGAGAAUAAUUAUUGAGCCUCCUCCACUGAAAAAUUUAGACUAAUAGAUUCACUGUUGCUAUCGAAGUCAUUUCAAAGAGUAGGUUUAACAGUAACCAUACUUGAUGAAUCAAUAUCAUCAAUGAUACUAUUUAGGCCUGUAUAGCAUUUGCAAAGUCAUCAACAGCUAUUGUUUCAAUUCAACCCAGAAUUCAACUAAAAAUAGACAAUACAAUAGGUCUAGGGUUUCAAGUUCUGGUUGAUUUCAAAUGUAAUCUACAAAUUAAUAAUUAAUAUGUUUAAUCCACAUCUCCAUCUCAACCAAAAAUUGAAGUUAAAGAAUAGAACUAAAUCAAAUCACACUUUAUUUAAAGUGCAUUUAAAGUUUGAUUUGAUUUAGUCGUAUUCUUUAAUUGAGAUUUUUGGUUGAGAUGGAGAUGUGAAUCCAACAUAUCAAUUAUUAAUUUGUAGACAAACUGGAAUUGAGCCAGACUAAGUCAGUGGCUCAGAUGGAACUAUCCAAGCAGUAGAUCCAUCUCCAUCAAAUGUUGAUAUUUGGUUGCAUUGACAACAAAACACAAUUCAAUAUCACUUUUGCAAUAGAGUAAAUAUUUAUGUUUUUAGAAAAAUGUCAACAAUUAGAGUUCACUGAAUUGCUCUGUAUUUUUUUAUGUAUAAACAAGUUUAUUAGUCAACAUAUAUUUUCAUAUUUGGGCUUUUAAUAUAACGUUUAUGAAUAUAUAUUUACAACUUUCAGAUUGAGAGUAUCAGAACAACACUCUGGAGGGCAGCAUUUAUCUCGAGCAGACAUUCACAGCUAAGCUACAACAACAUUUAUCUCGAGCAGACAUUCACAGCUAAGCUACAACAACAUUUAUCUCGAGCAGACAUUCACAGCUAAGCUACAACAACAUUUAUCUCAAGCAGACAUUCACAGCUAAGCUACAACAACAUUUAUCUCGAGCAGACAUUCACAGCUAAGCUACAACAACAUUUAUCUCGAGCAGACAUUCACAGCUAAGCUACAACAACAUUUAUCUCGAGCAGACAUUCACAGCUAAGCUACAACAACAUUUAUCUCGAGCAGACAUUCACAGCUAAGCUACAACAACAUUUAUCUCGAGCAGACAUUCACAGCUAAGCUACAACAACAUUUAUCUCGAGCAGACAUUCACAGCUAAGCUACAACAACAUUUAUCUCGAGCAGACAUUCACAGCUAAGCUACAACAACAUUUAUCUAGAGCAGACAUUCACAGCUAAGCUACAACAACAUUUAUCUCGAGCAGACAUUCACAGCUAAGCUACAACAACAUUUAUCUAGAGCAGACAUUCACAGCUAAGCUACAACAACAUUUAUCUCGAGCAGACAUUCACAGCUAAGCUACAACAACAUUUCUCUCGAGCAGACAUUCACAGCUAAGCUACAACAACAUUUCUCUCGAGCAGACAUUCACAGCUAAGCUACAACAACAUUUCUCUCGAGCAGACAUUCACAGCUAAGCUACAACAACAUUUCUCUCGAGCAGACAUUCACAGCUAAGCUACAACAACAUUUCUCUCGAGCAGACAUUCACAGCUAAGCUACAACAACAUUUCUCUCGAGCAGACAUUCACAGCUAAGCUACAACAACAUUUAUCUCGAGCAGACAUUCACAGCUAAGCUACAACAACAUUUAUCUCGAGCAGACAUUCACAGCUAAGCUACAACAACAUUUCUCUCGAGCAGACAUUCACAGCUAAGCUACAACAACAUUUAUCUCGAGCAGACAUUCACAGCUAAGCUACAACAACAUUUCUCUCGAGCAGACAUUCACAGCUAAGCUACAACAACAUUUCUCUCGAGCAGACAUUCACAGCUAAGCUACAACAACAUUUCUCUCGAGCAGACAUUCACAGCUAAGCUACAACAAAAUGUUGACUCAUUCGGCCACUCACCAGACAACUACUAGAAAAGAGGAUCUCUGUUUCACAAUCAUACCACAAACUGGAAUUAAAGCCAGACUAAGUCAGUGGCACAGAUGGAACUAUCCAAGCAGUAGAUACAGCUCCUUUAAAUGUUGAUAUUUGGUUGUGUUGACAACAAAACACAAUUCAAUAUCACUUUUGCAAUAGAGUAAAUGGCCUGUUAACUUGUCGAUAAGUUAACAAAUUAUAUGUUGGAUUCACGGCUCCAACUCAACCAAAAUAAAAGUUAAAGAAGAGGAUUAAGCCAGUGGCUCAGAUGGAACUAUUCAAGCAGUAGAUACAUCUCCUUUAAAUGUUGAUAUUUGGUUGCCUUGUCAACAAAACACAAUUCAAUAUUAAUUUUAUUAUACAGUAAAUGGCCUAAAGAGUAACACAUCCAUGGCCACAUUUUGAGGUUACUGUAACUAUAAUGUCCUCAUAUGUAAUCAUAGAAAGUGUGCAUGUUCAAGAUGGCAUAAAGGUUGCAGGUCUGUGGAGAUCUUCACAACUGCUAUAAUAAAGGAUCUCAAACAGCAUUGAUCACUUGAAAUAGGAAUACAAUGACAGAUAUUUUGUUUAUUUAUACAACAAGUUAAUGUGUCAUCACUGCCCUUCAUCUUAUAGCAUAGCCAAAUGACCUGGACUGCAGUUGAGAUGACAUUAAAAGUACGUACCCUAUGCAUAGUAUAAUGAUUAAUGCUCUUUUAGAUCCUUUAUUAUAGACUUUGCUGUGCUUUUAAAUGGUUGAAUUGCAGUGAUAAAACAUCAGACUUUGUUGUUCCAUUGUAAUUUGGAUGUGCUUUUAGAUGGUUGAAAGCAUAGUGAUAACACAUUGGGAAUUCAACAAACUUUUUGGGUGAGUGAAUGUAGGUUGUAAUUUCAUCUGUCAACAUCUCAACCAAAUAUUACCCAAUUGUCCACGUUGAAAUGACGUGGUGUGCCCAGUGGGUUUGAUCUUUAAUGAUAAAAGCAUCAAUGUGGAAUUAUUCUAAUUGUCUGCCAUUUUCACAUGGAAAUGGUUAAUGUCCACAGGCCGCAUAUUGCAAUGGUCCUCCAAACAUAUUGCAAUGGUCCUCCAAACAUAAUGCAAUGGUCCUCCAAAUAUAAUGCAAUGGUCCCCCAAACAUAAUGCAAUGGUUCUCCAAACAUAUUGCAAUGGUCCUCCAAACAUAUUUCAAUGGUCCUCCAAACAUAAUGCAAUGGUCCUCCAAACAUAUUGCAAUGGUCCUCCAAACAUAUUGCAAUGGUCCUCCAAAUAUAAUGCAAUGGUCCUCCAAACAUAAUGCAAUGGUUCUCCAAACAUAAUGUAAUGGUCCUCCAAACAUAUUACAAUGGUCUUCCAAACAUAAUGUAAUGGUCCUCCAAACAUAAUGUAAUGGUCCUCCAAACAUAAUGCAAUGGUCCUCCAAACAUAAUUACUAAACUAAGCCGUUGUUACAGCAUUUUCCUAGGUACAGUGUCCAGUCUAGUAUUUAUUCUAAUUAUGUCUUAACCCUCGUAAUCCCAGAUAACACACAUACGUCUGUCCAACGUAGGCAUGAUGUAUACAGGAUACAUCAGGAAGAUGAUGUUUAUACAUUGUUUGCUCAUUGGCAAGACGUCUUUCAGAUAUAUUUAGAAUGCCUUCAUUCUACAGUUCUACAUCUUUAUAUGUCGGCCAGGUGUCAACAUUCUAUUCUGAUGUCUCGGCGACGUCUUCCCAAUGUGCAAACACUCUCCAAACUACAUAUUCCCUACGCAAUCCGAUACGUCAGCCAAAGGUGUGCGUGUUUAUUGUGAUGCAGUAUCUAGACAUGUUGUACCCAUUUCUCUCUGACCAAUACCCACUAUUCCUCUCUGACCACUGGAUCUGUUAUUAAUCCUCAACAGGUUCAGGUGUGGGACACUGCAGGACAGGAGCGCUUCAGGAAGAGCAUGGUAGAACACUACUACCGCAAUGUGCACGCUGUCGUUUUGGUUUACGACGUCACCAAGAUGGCCUCAUUCCAGAACCUGAAGACGUGGAUCCAGGAGUGCAACGGGCACCGCGUCUCACCCACUGUGCCUCGGGUACUGGUGGGUAACAAGUGUGACCUGGUUAGUCAUAUCCAAGUGCCCUCCAACACUGCCCUCAAGUUUGCAGAUGCCCACAACAUGCUGCUGUUUGAGACCUCGGCCAAGGACCCCAAGGAGAGCCAAAACGUGGACUCCAUUUUCAUGUGCCUGGCAUGUCGGCUGAAAGCCCAGAAGUCCCUGCUGUACAGGGAUGUUGAGAGGGAGGAUGGAAGGGUUAGGCUUUCACAAGAGACAGAUGUUAAUAAGAGAAACUGCCCUUGUUGAGGCUCCUCCACUCUGCAAUGAUUCCUCCUCUCCUUUAAUACUGCUGUCACUUGAAUUGAACAAUUUAACAUAAACAACGUAAGACGAAGAUACUGUUCUAAUGUUAACAUUUCUUGAAAGAAUGUGCCUGCAGUUAUUUCAAAUUUUCUUCUUAAAAAUUAUAAUACUGUUUUGCUGUCUGUCUGACUGUCUGUCUGA